UUAAACAUGGCCGGCAAGGGAGAACCCACAUGGAGAGAUACUGAGGAAGGAGAAGAUGAAGAGAUGGAGGGGACAGAGAGUGAGGAAGAGGAUGACGACGACGACGACGACGACGACGACGACAUCAUGGAGGAAAACGAGGAGGAAGAGAAAGACGAGGGGCCCGAGCGAGUGUAUCUGCCGGGCGUGGAGCCCCUGAGAGAGGACGAGGAGCUGGUGAUGGACCAGGACGCCUAUGUUCUGUAUCACCAGGCGCAGACAGGGUCGCCAUGUCUGAGUUUUGAUGUCAUUCCGGACAAUCUGGGAAACGAUCGUUCCGAUUACCCGCUCACCCUGUUCCUCUGUGCCGGCACUCAGGCUGACAGCGCACAAGCCAACAGGAUUCUAGUGAUGAAGAUGCACAAUUUACAUCGAACCAGCAAGGAGAAGACUACUGAAUCCGAUUCUGAAAGUAGUGAAAGUGAGGAUGAAGACGAAGACGAGAAGAAGCCACAGUUAGAGCUGGCUAUGGUUCCACACUAUGGGGGAAUCAACAGAAUUCAGGUCUCUACGCUCAUGGACACGCCAGUCGCUGCAGUUUGGUCAGAAAAAGGUCAAGUAGAAAUCUAUGAUCUCCAGAAGCAGCUGGCGGCAGUGUCGGACUCCCAGACAUUAGCCGCAUUUCUGAAAGAGGAUCAAGCAAAAAUCAAACCGAUUUUCUCUUUUUCUGGUCACAUGACUGAAGGAUUUGCCAUGAGCUGGUCUCCAAAGAUGGCAGGCCAAUUGGUUACUGGGGACUGUAACAAGAACAUUCAUUUGUGGAAUCCUAAAGAAGGAGGGUCAUGGCAUGUUGACCAAAGGCCUUUCACUGGUCACACGAAGUCUGUGGAGGAUCUACAGUGGUCGCCAACUGAAGCUACGGUUUUUGCUUCCUGCUCAGUUGAUGCUUCAAUUCGUAUUUGGGAUAUCCGAGCAGCUCCUAACAAAGCGUGCAUGCUGACGGCGAGCCAGGCCCAUGAAAGUGACGUCAAUGUAAUCAGCUGGAACCAUCAUGAACCUUUUAUCGUCAGUGGCGGAGAUGAUGGUGUCCUCAAGAUUUGGGACCUGCGCCAGUUUCAGAAAGGAGCAAGUGUGGCCCGGUUUAAGCAGCACACUGCCCCGAUCACCUCUGUUGAGUGGCAUCCUACAGACAGCGGGGUAUUUGCAGCUUCUGGAGCUGAUGAUCAAAUAACGCAAUGGGAUCUUGCAGUGGAGAGAGAUCAGGAUCAGGAGGGUGAAACAGAAGAUCCUACGUUGCAGGCUAUUCCACCACAGCUGCUGUUUGUUCACCAAGGAGAAAAGGACAUUAAGGAGUUACACUGGCAUCCACAGUGCCCAGGAGUAGUCAUUAGCACAGCUUUGUCUGGAUUUAAUGUAUUUCGUACCAUCAGUGUGUGAGGCCAUUCGCCACCCACUGCUCCGGACAAUUUGUCGCUUUUCUGUCAAUAACAGUACUAACCAAUGGUGCAAAUGCCAUGACUGCCAUGUACAACUGUUCCCUCAUCUGAGGUUUUAUUUAAAAUGAGCAAACGGGUGUCAUCUUUUUCUAUAGUCUUUAAAAAAAAAAAAAAUCUUUCUAUAUAUAUUUUUUUUUUAUAAUCCUCAAAAGCUGUGUGACUUGUCUUGCUUUGCUCCUGCAAACGCUGCAUUUUACGUUAACAUCUUACUGCUCAGCACCAUACUAUUACUUCACUGCAAAUGGGUAGUUAAUACUCAGUAAUACUAUGGCAGUGUAGUGGCAGGGGCCUAGGAUCUAUGCCCAUGCCAUCAUGUGUGGGAUGCGAGCUGUGUUACUCUGCAGGCAUCCUGCUUUAACCCCCUAAGGCCCUCCGCCGUAUAUGUACGGUGGAAGUCCGGUCCCCAAACAUGGUGCCUGCUUGCACGUGCAGCAGGUAGCCGCUGGGUUUCUGCUAUUUUAAAUAGCAGAGACCCAUGUCACAUGUAUGCGAUCAGCCAUAAGGCUGAUCGCAUACAUUUUACCCUUCAAAUGACGUGGUCAAAUGUCACCACAACAUUUUUGCAGUCCGGAAAUGGAAGUUGCGCGCUUCCGCUCUGGUAACAGCGUUCCCAGAAUGAUCGGGGGGAACCUGUUAUAUCGCUGAAAUGGCCCGGAGCCUCAAGCAGGCUUUGGAGUCUAUUUCAGGAAUAUACCAAUACAGGCCACUAGGUGGCAGCAUUGUAUUGUUAUAUUGCAAAUUAAGUGUUUAAUGAUGGCUAUAUAGCCAUCAAUGGGCAA